UGCUCUAUGGGUGCAAUAUUGCAUUAUCUAUAUGCACCGAACGAAUGAAAUGUAGCAGUUUACAGGUGUUAAAUAAAAAGAUACUUCCGUUUUGUAUACAAAGUGGCGCGCGCAUUUAUCAAGAUCAAUAACUAAUACUUUGUCGAGUGUGCUGUGCAGUGUGCAGGACUCCCCUGAAAUUUCCAGAAAAUUGAUAUUCAACAGUAUUCGGGCUGAAAUCGUGGAAAAAUGAGCGUGACAAGUAGGGCUCAAGCCCUAAUACCACCACUGCAGCCGCCAUCGCCGCAGCCUGAGCUGGUAGAGGAGCCGCUAGAGAGCACGUCAAUAGUCCCGCCGUCAUCACCGCUGUUAGAAUCGCAAUUACAAUUCCUUGCUGCUCUCCACGCAGCGCAGCUAGUAUGGUUUGCGCAACCGCCACCACCUCCGCCUCCUCAAUCGGAGCAAACGACUCCAGUAGUUCAGCUCGAUUUGUCUGACGAAGACGAAGAGAUGCCUGAACAUGAAGAGCAGACUGUAGUACAGCAUCAGCUGGUUCCCCCGUUUGAAGAUCAGCAGUCUCAAUUGAAGCCGGAAAAUUGGGAGCAGCAAAAACAACGGAAAGAACUGCUUGUGGAACCGAAAGCGGGAGUGACUGAAUUUCUGCCCGUAGAACCUAAUUCGGAAGCGACUGCAGGACUGUCCAUGGAACCGCUUGCAGGAGUUACUGCGGAACCGCUUGCAUACGUUUCUGCGGAACCGCCUGCAUACGUUUCUGCGGAACCGCCUGCAUACGUUUCUGCAGAACCGCCUGCAUACGAUUCUCCGGAAUUAAUUGCUGACGAUUCUGAGGUAUCGCUUGCAUACAAUUCUGCGGAACUAAAUACAGACGAUUCUGAGGAACUACCUGUAGAAGUUUCUGAGGAAUCGCCUGCAUAUGUUUCUGCGGAACCGCCUGCAUACGAUUCUCCGGAAUUAAUGGCUGACGAUUCUGAGGAAAAGCUUGCAUACGAUUCUGCGGAACUAAAUGCAGACGUUUCUGCGGAAGCAAUUGCAGACGAUUCUGAGGAACUACCUGUAGACGUUUCUGAGGAAUCGCCUGCAUAUGUUUCUGCGGAACCGCCUGCAUACGAUUCUCCGGAAUUAAUGGCUGACGAUUCUGAGGAAAAGCUUGCAUACGAUUCUGCGGAACUAAAUGCAGACGUUUCUGCGGAAGUAAUUGCAGACGAUUCUGAGGAACUACCUGUAGACGUUUCUGAGGAAUCGCCUACAUAUGUUUCUGCGGAACCACCUGCAUACGUUUCAGCGGAAUUAAUUGCUGACGAUUCUGAAGAACCGCUUGCGUACGAUUCUGCGGAACUACCUGUAGAUGUUUCCGUGGAACCGCCUGCAUACGAUUCUCCGGAUCUAAUUGCUGACGAUUCUGCGGAACUGAUUAAAGACAAUUCUGCGGAACUAAUUACGGACGAUUCAGGGGAACCGCUUGCAUACGAUUCUGCGGAACUACCUGUAGACGUUUCUGAGGAAUCGCCUGUAUAUGUUUCUGCGGAACCGCCUGUAUAUGUUUCUGCGGAACCGCCUGUAGACGUUUCCGUGGAACCACCUGCAGAAGUUCCUACGGAACAACCUGCAUACGUUUCUGCGGUACCAUCCGCAAUUAUUUCUGCGGAUCCGUCUGCGUAUGUUUUUGCAGAAACGCCUGCAGAAGGUUCUGCGGAAUCGCUUGCUAACGUUUCUGCGGAACCGCCGACAGACGUUUCUGAGGAAUCGCAUGCAGAGGAUUCUGCGGAACCACCUUCAGCACCACCCGCUGAAUCGCCUGAGGAACCGACGGCAUCACUGCCUAUGGAACUGUCUGCAUUAUCACCCGCGGACCCACAAGCAUCACCACCCGUAGAACCGCCUGCAUCAAAACUAGCGGUACCUACCGGUGAACUGAAUGCAUCAAAUCCCGAAGUACGACCUACUUCACCAACUGAGGAAUCGCCAGCAUCACCGCCCGCGGAAGCACAAGCAUCAGAGCCCGCUGAACCGCAGGCAUCAGCGCCCGCUGAACCGCAAGCAUCAUUAUCUAUGUCACCAUCUGCAUCAUCACUUGCGGGAUUUUUUGUACCAUCGCUUCGUGAAUCGCCUGCCGAACAGCAUGAUGAUGAACGAGCCGAAUUAGCUUCGCCAUCUGUUGUACCGCUAAGUCCGGCGCUUUUUAUUGAUGAGCAGCGACUUGAUCUGGCAAAUGCAGGUGCAAAAUUGAAGCCAUCUCAAAUAGUACCACUGCUUCCUCCAGAGCAGCGCCCUAAAAUAACUAGUCCGUUAGCAGGACCGUCACGUCCUCCUCAGUGGUCUCCAUCAUAUUAUAUGCAAAAGCGCCGACCUGGACUAGUGUCGUUAGAAGCUAGACAGUUGGCGAUAGCACUUCAGGCCGUACCUGAAGAGCCACUUAUGCUUGAUGUGGCGCCUCCGCUGCCUCUUGAACCAGCGCCACAAUUACCACCAUUGCCGCAUGGGCCUCCGCCACCAUUACCACCAUUACCAUAUGGGCCACCGCCGCCAUUGCCACCUUUGCCGCGUGAACCAGCGCCAGCUUUGGUAGCGAUACCCUUGCCGCUGGAAGAAGACAUACCUUUGCCUCCAGGAGAAGCGCCACCCUCCCUGCGGGUCAUAGUGCUGCCACCCACGCCGCCGCCGGGGCAAGCUGCGAACGAACGACAGGGGUCUGACCGUACAGGUCCAUACCGCAGAGCGUUCUGCAUGCAUCCUCCGCUAUCCCCGUCCUUGCAGCCGAGGCCCGCAGAGCCUUCAUCGCCGCAACCUGAGCCUUCCACCAGUUCCGAACCAACCGCGUAUUACGCCGCUUUGCUGCGUCCACUUGGGCCUAGAAAGGUUGCUGAGAAAAGAGCUGCAGAUUCGACUACUGAUUCUCCAGCUAAGAUGCGUUGCCUGGCGACGGAUAGAGACGAUCCGCGAUGCUCUCCGGAAUGCUUCCGUUGUAUGCGCCGUGUUUUGAGGAAUGCUAUCUACAGACCUCCUGGAGCGCCGAGAGAUGGAGAUAACCGAGCUUUUAUUCGAUUUGGCCAUUUCAUGCUAUUCAUCGUUGCUGAUCGUAAUACAUACCGCGAAUUAGCUGAUAAUAACAUUGAAUUAGUUUAAGUCACUUAUCUAUGUAUGUAUGUACCUACACAUAUUCAAUAAAGUUUUCUUCUGGUC